AUGGCCUCGGAGGACAGAAUCAAGGGCACUCGCGUGACAGGCGUGAUCCUUCGGAAGUGGGACGGCAACGCCAAUGCUGCCGGAUCACAAUCCACCUUCACCAAGUGCCAACAUCUGGAGCUUCUGACUCCGAAGAACUCGCGAAUCUUGAUCUCGCUCCGAUCUCUGAACCUCAAUUACCACCUGCGACUCGGGGACAGGAUCUCGCUCCACAUCCCAGCUUUGCGCCCUCUAUAUCAGCUCCCAUCUAUCCCUGACGAUGUCCUUGCCACCACCGCAUCGCGGACUGGUGCCGCCUGCUUUCCUGAGAAAGAUGGAAACCCAGCCUUCCAGGUCGUCACACCGUACAAUGUCAUCGUGCCUAACGAGAUAAUGGUAAAAUAUCAAGAGCAAAGGCGAGGAAUUCGACCGCAGAUGACCUUCAAACUUCUUGCAGAUCAGAUCGUACUUCAACAAGCCGGCACUCAUCUGAUGUAUUUGUCUGGCAUCCUCACGAAAAUCCGCCUCGUCGACACCUGGCAGAGGCAGCAGCUGUAUUGCAUGCCAUGCGAGUGCGGGAAUGUUGUCUUUGCCAACACCCUGAUACAUUCCUGUACUGCAUGUCAAGCUGGCAAAGCAUUGGAGCUCAGACCCAAUCCCCAGAUCAUCGCGGGCAUCGCAGAUGAGACGGGUAGUCUUCACGCGGAGCACAACUUCCUUGUGGCAGACCAGGUGUGGGAAAAGCUACUUGGGGGUUCUCUGGCUGUCGUUGAUGAGCACUGGCUGCGCCAACGCGAGGAAGAGCUUUUGUACCACAGACUAACGUGGAUUUUCAUGUGGCUGGGCAGGUGGGGAGGUGGAAGACUCGUGCUGGUCGACGUGGUCAAUUGA